AUGGUUAUUCCGCCUUGCCUAAGCAAACGCGAUAAGGCUGUGUCGCCCCCAGUCUGUGCCUUUGUGCGUCGUCCGUCCGUCAGUCAGUCAGUGCGAGUCGUACGAGGCGUGGACCCCUCUGACGAACAUUUCUGGACGAGAUGUGCGGCGGCGACACAACAGGAUACGCUGGAUGUGAUGAGCGACGAGAUGAAAAACAACGACGACUCCUGCAACUGCUGGUUUUCGAAUGCCGACACGAGAAUUAUGUCAAAUAGGACAUGUCCCGAGUCUCGGAGUCCUACUUCUUCAUACGGCUCCUUCGAUAUGGCAGACGAAUUCGAACCGAACGUCACAUCAGCUGGCUAA